UUGGAAAAGUUUGAUCAAUAAACUACAAAAAUGACAGAGUUUAGCUCCUUUGACAUAUUAAAAUUAGCCGAUCUUCUCCGGCCACCAAAAGAUGAUAAUUCCGAUGAUGAGGAUCAAAUUCCAAAACCAUCCGUACAAACAAUCGAUGCCACAAACUUAAACGAACUUGAAUCUGAUAAAACUACAAAAACCGACAAUGAAAAUAAUGCCGAAAGCGAAGAAGACAGUGAUCCCGAGGAGAUGGCUAGGAAAUAUAUGGAAAAAGAAUGCCCUCAAGCUACAAUCGAUUGGAAAAAAUCUCCUCAAUGGGACGUAUCUUAUCGACAACAAGUAACACCUACAGAUGUUUUUUUGCAGAUGGGUGGAAAAACACCAGCGACUUCAAGUUGCGAAGAGAUGAUUUUAAGCGUACAUCUUCCAGGCGAAAAAAGACAAAAUGUUGAUGUUAAAAUUACAAAGGAACGAUUAAAUUUAAUUUCACCCAAUUUUAAAUUGGACAUUCCGCUACCGCAUCCUGUUGAUCCACAAAAAGGGAAUGCCCAAUUCGAUUCUGAAUCGGAAAAAUUAAUUCUAACUUUAUUUUUAGAUAGAGAAUUCGAUUUUGUUAACUUUUAA